GUUGGGUAAAAGGAUCGUUUGUCAGUUCUGAGAGCAAGCUAACAUACAGGACCAGGUCACAUGACAUGGAAGCUACUGAAAAGAAACAUUCAUAUAGAAUAGAAGAGGCAGUAAUAUCCAAUACAAAGAGGUGUGUCCUAGGUGGCCUGUGUAGUGAUACAAUUCGGCAUUGGUUUGGAGUCACUGGGUCACAUGACAGGGGAGCUAUUGAAAAAAAACAUAGCCAUUGUCUUAUUUUUGCAAAAUAAAUACAAAACACACUAGCAAUCAAAAUAAGUGUGCUACAUGAAAUCAGUUUAGUUUACGUUUUUUAAAUCAUUAUUUUCACAAGUCAUCAGGUCAGCAUGAAGAAAUGUUUGUCUUUUGAAACAAACAACUGGGUAAUUUAUGGAUGGUCCCUAAAUCUGAAUCCAGCGGCAGCUAACCGUCCUCCUGCUGCCAACACUGAGUGAAACUGAAUAAGAGAGAGCAGCUGGGAAUAUUAAUCGACAAUAUCUAUAUCUACCAUACAUUAUUUUUGUGGAGACUCUUUUACUGCAUUCAUUCAUGUUCAGGUGAAGCUUUCUCAACACCCUGGUUCUGUCAGGAAGAUCUUCUUGGUGCACAUUCACAGUUUAACCAGCAACGUUAAAAGACUUGCUGGUAACAGAAGGUAAACAUCUGGAGAUGGACGACAGAAACCAGUUGCCCAGCACUGCUCAGGUGAACAUGUCUGACACGUCAGUGCUGUAUUGUCCCACAGUCCCACUUUCCAAUGGUCUGCAGAUUCCAAUAUUUGGAUUAGGCACAUCACAUUUUGGUGGAUACUCUCAUGAUGCCAUUGUGUAUGCUCUUACUGAGUGUGGCGUGCGCCACAUUGACACAGCAAAGCGCUAUGGCUGUGAGGAGAAACUGGGUCAAGCUCUCAGAGAAAGUGGAAUACCUCGAAUGGAUCUCUGGGUCACUGACAAACUCUGGCCAGGGGACUACGGGUACGAAGCUGCAAAGAAGGCCUGCAUCGACUCCUGCUCACAGAUGGGGGUUAAAUAUUUUGAUCUGUUUCUGAUGCACUGGCCGGGGUCAAUGCGACCCGGCUGCUCCAACAGGGAGGUGAGAGCUGAGACCUGGAGAGCUUUGGAGGAACUUUACGAAGAAGGGGUGUGCCGCGCUAUUGGAGUGAGCAACUUUCUGGUCCACCACCUCGAACAGUUAAAGGAAGACUGCGGUGUUGUGCCACAUGUGAACCAGGUGGAGUACCAUCCUUUCCAGCAGCCCAAUAAGCUGAAGGAGUACUGUCAGCAGGAGGGAAUCGUGUUUGAAGGGUACAGUCCUCUGGCCAAGGGUCAGGUCUUAAGCAACCCGACUGUUCUCCAGAUAGCAGAAAAGUACAGACGCACACCGGCUCAGAUUUGCAUCCGCUGGAGUAUUCAGAAUGGAGUUGUCACAAUACCGAAAUCCGUCAAAGAGAAGAGGAUAAAAGAAAACUGUCAAGUGUUUGGGUUCCAGCUGGAGGAGUUGGACAUGGCCACUUUGGGGAGUUUGCAUGAUGAAAGACAUGUGACAUGGGAUCCAACAGACGUGGAGUAACAAUAUGCCAGAUAACCCAGAGAGUGAAUUAGUUUUGAAGUGCCUUACUUUAUACGUAUUUAAAAAUAAAUGUCUUACUACAAAAUAUUUGCCUCUGCUGAAAUAAAACUUGCAGUGAGGAUUUGAGCUUGUGCUGCCAGAGACGGGACAGGAGCAUCCCUCAGACACAUUCUGGUAAUUGCACAACUACAGCUGAAGUCGCUCUUAAACUCUGAUUAAAAUAGAAAACAAUGACACAACAAUUCUGAGUUAGCAAUAUCAUUUAAUCUUUUCCCCUCAGCUUAGAAUCACUGUUGUACAUAAGUUACACUUUGUUUUCUCAAUUUCACAGGUUCAUUUUUUUCUCUCUUCAAACUUCCAGUUUGACCUCCCUCUCGUAUCAAACGAAAAAAAAAAGCAGAUUGUAUUAUACAAAAAUGCAAACCAAUUUUCACACAGUGAAUUCUCUUACAAAGUCAUAAAAUGGCGUAAUAAUGGCUACAUCCACAUUGGAGGAAGAUAAUUCUAGACAUUCCUUAAUGGAGUAUAAUAUACAUAUAAAAACUUCUUUUUUCUUGCUGAAAUCAAACCUGUACCUUAAUUUAAGAGAUAUUUUACAAGGGAGUAAUCAUAUAAAAUAGCCAUUUGCGAAUUUCCCCAGAAAGUCAGGGAAUAAAAUGUGAGCCUCAAACAGCAGUAACAGAGUUCAGUGGUCAAGGGUGGGAGUGGAGGGGUUAAUUAUGUAAAUGAGGCGUUGAGGCAGCAGUUCCACUCAGAAACAAAAACACACAAGAGAUUGAAAUGAACAUCUUUGCUAUUUACUACAAAGUAAACCACCCCAUUCAUCAUUGUCAUAUGUCAGUUCUGCUAAGCUAAAGGCGUUUUUAGGCUCAUUCGGACCUGCAGGGGGGACCCAGCAGGUAGAAUCAACAUUGUGAUAGUUUUGGUUGACUCGCACUGAGAGAAGUGAAAAAACAACGCACUGAAUUAACACCAUCAAAUGUCGCCAAUUCAUGGAAUUAUAACUGCAGAACAAAAGUUAUUGUGUGAAUGUCACUCAGAUACUCUUAUAGCUGUUGACUACACAUCAGGUCAGAUGAUGCUUUAAAGACUGUAAGACUUGUAGGUCAGUAAAUUCACUCAACUAUUGCAGAAACAAAAAAACAAGAGAAAGAAAAAAAAAAAGCUAGGUCAACUUUUCCUUUAAAAAUAAAAAAUACACAUUUUGCGUCAAAUCAUAACAGAUUUGCAUUAUUGUAGUUUCAUAAGAAAUGUUCAAAAUAGGGGAAAUCUACUAGAGUCUCUUUGUAUGACUCUAAGUCAUGCCAAUUCAGUGUAAAUUACUAUUUUUGAGAUUAUCUCAUGCGCCUAAAGCAGACAAGGUAAAGGAGCAUUGCAAGAGGAUUUAAGGCCAACCUUUCAUCAGAGACUUCCUGAAUAUCCUCUUGUAGGGCAGGGGUGGGGAAAAAACCCCAAACACUUUUCUAAUACCUCAACACUAUCACCCAGUACAGCACACUUUGAGGGAAAAAAAUAGGGUACAUUUUCUACAAUACAAUCUAGCACACACAAAACGUCUCCAUAAAUUUUCCAAAGUUACAGAAUUUUUGUCUUCUUCGGAAGCAUAGUCUAUAAAGAACAUCUUUGUUUGAACACAAAAGAUUAAGUGAACACACAUCAAUGCGCACAGAAGUCCUUCGUCUGGGAAAGGAUAAAGUCUGUGUUGGCAACCAGUGGACAGAGAACAAAUCAAACAAAACAAACAAAAAAAAAAAUGCUGAUUCUAGUAGAGAUCAUUUAAUAUAAAUGCUGAGCGAGUAAAAUAAGAGGUGGCACAUUAAUAGUGCUUUAGUAUAUUAAUGUAUGUAUACAUACUCAUAUGUAUAAGUGAGCUGUGUACCUAAACAAUAAAUGUAGCGAGGAGCAGCCAGAGGCCUGAAGUGUGGUAGGAAAAUUUGAAGGAAAAAAAAAAAGAAAAACCCAAACAUCCACUAUUCAUGGUGCUGACUAACUGGAAAAGAUGCCCAUCAAAUAAUCCACAAAACAUUUGUGUCUUUAUUUAUUUGACUCAUCAGUUAUCAGGGAUUUGUCAAACUGUCAGUUUCACAGAACCCCUCGUCUGACCUGAACGACAGCUCAGCGUUAAGCGACUUGCCCUGGAGCGUCUCCUCUAUCCUUCAACCGUUCAAACACAAGGACUCACUCGCUCUCAGCAGAGCUAUAAAACUGUAGCCCAUCAUGCUAACUGUUUACAAAAGGCAAAGAGCUCCAUGUCGAGCAUCAGCAGUAAACAAUUGACAUGAUGGAGAAAGAGCAAUAAUAGUGGCAAUGGUGGUGAUGAUGACAUUGAGGUGUGAGAAAGAAAAUGUGAAAGUGAGAACAGAAUGUUGUACAACUCUCCAAUAAAGAUGUUUAAAUAUAAUCACAUCUGCUUUUUGUGUGGAUAGCUAUAUUUGACUGUCUGGUGUGUCCCCCCCCCCCCAGAGACCAACGCUAAUCUCCUCAGCUGUAAACAUGAUUUCAAAAGUACUGUGUGAAGCUAAAAACGCUACAACAGUUUCCUUUCUACGAGCACAAAAGAUAAGUCUGGGUUUUGCUUGGAAUUCAACCAUUUCAUGACAGAGAGGAGGACAUGCGCGCAACUCUAUAAAGCCUUCACUGGGUAGGCCACACCCCCCAAAUCAUAACAACACAAAAGCAUGAAAAAAAUUAGACCAAAAAAAAAAAAAAA